AUGCCGCGCGUCUACAUAGAACGCCUGAGCUACAACGUCAGGGAGAAGGACAUCCAGCGCUUUUUCAGUGGCUAUGGCCGUCUUCUCGAAAUAGACCUUAAAAAUGGGUACGGCUUCGUGGAGUUCGAGGACUCCCGCGACGCCGACAACGCCGUUUACGAGCUGAACGGCAAGGAGCUGUGCGGCGAGCGCGUGAUCGUGGAGCACGCCCGCGGCCCGCGCCGGGAUCGCGAUGGCUACAGCUACGGAAGCCGCAGUGGUGGAGGUGGAUACAGCAGUCGGAGAACCUCUGGGAGAGACAAAUACGGACCACCUGUACGCACAGAAUUCAGACUUAUUGUAGAAAAUCUUUCUAGUCGUUGCAGUUGGCAAGAUUUAAAGGAUUUCAUGAAACAAGCAGGUGAAGUAACCUAUGCAGAUGCUCACAAAGAACGCACAAAUGAAGGUGUCAUUGAGUUUCGCUCCUACUCUGACAUGAAGCGUGCUUUGGAUAAACUGGACGGUACAGAAAUAAAUGGGAGAAAUAUUAGACUCAUUGAAGAUAAACCACGAACAAGCCAUAGGCGGUCUUAUUCUGGAAGCAGAUCUAGGUCACGACCCAGAAGACGGUCACGAAGUAGAAGUCGUAGGAGCAGCCGCAGUAGAUCUCGAAGUAUCUCAAAAAGUCGCUCCCGAUCCAGGUCUCUGAGCAAAGGUCGGUCACGGUCUUGUUCCAAAGGCAGGAAAUCUAGAUCAAAAAGCAAAUCUAAACCCAAGUCCGAUCGGGGAUCCCGUUCGCGCUCUCGGAGCAGAUCGGAGGAUGAGUAUGAGAAAUCUCGAAGCAGGUCUCAUUCUCGAUCUCGUUCCCCCAAAGAAAACGGAAAAGGUGAUAUAAAGUCCAAAUCUAGAUCAAGGAGCCAAUCCCGUUCCAAUUCACCCCUACCUGCUCUACCCUCAAAGGCCCGUUCUGUGUCCCCUGCACCAAAAAGAGCUUCAAAAUCCCAUUCUAGAUCUUGUUCAAAGUCAAGGUCACGAUCCAGAUCAAGUUCCAGAGAUUAACCCAGAACUCUCCAUUCUUUGCACACUAUUACAGAACAAACACUUUCCUACUUGCUUAGUGAGUUACUCUUUCAUGUUUCUACUUGGCCUCUUCUGCAAGAAGAAACCUCCCAAAACGGGCACACAGAAAUCAGAUUUGUAGCCAAAUUUGAUGAAAAAGAUGAGGUUCUAAAGAAAUGGCAUGAAGUCAAAGAUCCUCUCCCUUCUUUGUAGAAUUAAGAUAACUUUGAUUUUAUAGCUUUUGAGCUAAAAUAACUUUUGUAAAGAUUAAGCUCAUUUAGAUUUUUUUUUUUAAGUAUUUCAGCAGGAUCUGCUGGAGGGGUUUCGUUAUUGUUAUGUUUGUUUGCUUAAUUUUAAAUUAACCGUUUCAGGCUUUGAAUACUUAAGGCUUUAGAGGGAGAACCCAAUUUUCAAUUAUGUUGGCUUUUUAUAAAGCUUGAGUUAUGUAAGAUUUCAAUAAAAGUUUGCUACCAGGAUGAUUGCCUUACUUGAAUAGGUCACUCUUAUAAAUUCCUCGAGAUACAGAUUAUCAGUACAUCUGUGGAAACGAUGUAAACUCUACUUAAGUGUAAAACAAGGCAAGUCUCAGAUGCAAUAAGUUUGGAUACGUUAUUUUGUGCUGUUAAUCAAAUUUGCCAAAGUCAUUUUGGCCCCUUAAACAGGUUUAAGUUAAAAAUAAAAGAUUUUGUAGUGGA